AUGAUCAUCAAGAAGCCUAGCAUACUCCUGUCCUCGUGCAACACCUUCACCCAGCUAUGGCACUCCACAGUGCCACAAUCGAGUGCGUCAUUAUCAACACCCUCGAACUACCAGAGUAGAGGGUACGCAACCGUUGUCGAUAGUCCUCCAGACCAACAUGGAGAGGACGGGCACUGGCCCAAGUGUAAGCCGGGCCAUCAGCAUCCAACACCAUACCAGAUCCUCGGCUGCCAGAGAGGCCACACCUACUCCAAAAGCCGCUUCUACGAGCUCGUAAAACUCUACCACCCGGACCGACAGACCGGCGCUGGAGGGAGCUUGGCUCACACCCACCCCAAUAUAUGUCACAUCCCCCACGCCAUACGCUUAGAACGGUACCGCCUCAUCGUUGCCGCGCACACCAUCCUUUCCGACCCGAUCAGACGCAGUGCCUACGAUAGCUGGGGUGCCGGUUGGGGUGGGCACGCCGAGGUCCCCUCCUCGAACGAUGGACACGAUAGGCCAGCAGCAUGGGGUAUGGGUCAAAGUCCGAUGCACUGCGCCACCUGGGAGGACUGGGAGCGGUGGUACCAACGGAAUGACGAGAAGCCCCAGGCGCCGCUGUACCUGUCCAACGGAGUCUUUAUAUCCUUCGUUGCCAUGCUGGCAAUUCUGGGUGGGGUCGGACAAGCCACGCGGGUGGGAAAUUUCUCGACUAGUAUGCUGGAGCAACGCAACGCGGCGCACCACUUAGCAAGCCAGGAGCUGGUACGGGCGAGAAGUGAGACAAUAGGUGGGACGAAGGAAGACCGUAUAGCAAACUUCUUGCGCCACAAGGAUCCAGAUUCAUAUCGAGACGAAUCGUUAAGGAGGCUGUUGCUUCAGCCUGACAUGUGCGCUAGCGAAAAUGUCAAGGGUCAGGAUGUUGUAUGA